AUGUCAGGGAAUCAUGAUUACCCUCCUUCCCGCAUCCCUCGUACCAGCGAACGGCCUGACAUUCUCCCCCUCCAACAUCUCCGCAACCUGGUCUCUGAACGGACCCGCACUGGUGCCUACAACCCCUUUCAGCUCAGCCGUGCCCUGGCCACAUUAAAUCAAGAAAUUGCCGAGCACGACCUCGAUCGGGCUCGCAGCUUUGAACAAGCCCGCGCUGCGGUGGAUCGCCAGAUCCAACAACUCCAGUCUGAGUUAUCGGGCCCCGCAGAGCAGCUAUUCCGGGACAUUCACCAAAUUGACCUAGAUCUCCACGGUCUAAUAUCCACGGAUCCUCAUCGCCGCCGGACUGCUCCCCGGUCAAAUCUAGCCAGCUUAGCCACUCUAGCCCCGAGCCCGGACGCAUCCCGGUCACCGUCCAUUAUGCCUCCGUCUGGUCAGUCCGGCCGCGAUGAACACGGUCGCCAGAAGCGGAGAAAACUGGAUACCGACGAUAACCGCGAGGGCUUUAAAGGGUUCAACUAUGGAAUGUACGGGCAAGUCAAGCCGGGGGAAUUAAAGAUGGAGAUAUCCAGCUGCGACGGAGCUAACUACAACCAACCUGACGGAGCAUCCUCCCGCCCGGAGAAUGUUUUGGACAACAACCCAAGCUUCUACUCCACCAAGGAAAAUCGCUGCAACCUGGUGCUUUGCCACAGAGAUGAAGCUCCCUUUUGUUUGAACAAGAUCGUCAUCAGAGCACCCUCUCAGUGCGGAGGCUUUGAUGCUCCAUAUCAAGAAGGGAUGGUCUUCGUCGCCAUGUCUUCCGAUGAGCUCCUCGCUCGCACAGCCCAAAACCACAUCCAAUACUCUCCUCGAUGGCGUCGCCGAAACCGUCGGAGUGGCAUGCUACCUUCACAGGAAUACCUCAGCGGGUAUCGACCACCUCCUCCUAACAGCGAGCGCACAGUCCUCAUGAGCCACCACUUUCAACAGAUCACAAACACCUCGGAUGAUCCACAGGCCCAGUUCCGUGUUACCACCGACUACGACGAGAACACUGAGAAUCAGAUGUACUCCGAAAAUGAACAAGAUACUUCACUGGAGUUUGAUGCGCAAGAUGAACCCGCUGAAAGCUUCCACUCGGAUACCGAUGAGGAACCCAGCGACGAGGAAGACAUGAAUUAUCUCCGCCGUCGGGCCUUUCAAAAUCAACGGCGAGGCGCCUUUGGCCGGUUUUCCGACCCCAAUUCUCGCCAUGAACCAACCAAUAUUGAGUCAAACCCACCCGCGCGCACGAAUCCUUCCCCUGAGGUCUUGAAACCACAUGCACGUUUCUUCAUCGAACACGAGAAAAGCAUGGUCACGAUCAAGUUUGAUCCGCCGCCAUCCGGUCGUUUUAUCUUGAUCAAGCUUUGGAGUCCCCGCCCUGAAGGAAGCAUUGAUAUCCAGAGUAUCAUUGCACAUGGGUAUGCAGGCCCGCGGUUCUUCCCCAGCAUCGCGGCUCGCUAG